AUCAGUGAACAGUGACUCCAAACAGUCAUUUCUGGUCCAGAUGUCGCUGUGGGUCUUUAGAGGGUUCGUGUGUUUCCAUCAUGGAACACUGUCGGCGGAACCUUUGGACCCGGACCAGUUCCACCCGGGCCGCAUUAGGGUGUCGGUUUCCUCCUCAGACCCAAUCCGGACCAGUGUUGCUAAACUGGAGAAAAACUAAAUCUGGAAACUUUUCAAAUCGUCUUGGUGAUUUUUUUUUCUUUUUCGUAAGAGACUAGUGACAAAUGUGUGUCCUUUUUCUGCUUCUACUGCAGACUUUGAUGGGAUUUGGAGACUGGGACGUGAAAGCACGGAUCGUCCUGCACAAAAGAAGCCAAAGAUGGAUUUGAACUGAAACCUAAAAGUCUUAUCUGGAGGAAGACCAAGAUCACCUGAUUCCAGCAAAUAUGGAUGGAAGACCCACCUGUGAUCAGUGUGGGAAGACUUUGACCACGAUGAGUGGACUGAAGGUACACCUACGCAUCCACACUGGAGAAAGACCAUAUGACUGUGACCAAUGUGAGAAGACUUUCACUAGAAUGAAUGUGCUGAAGAAGCACUUACGCAUCCACACUGGAGAAAGACCAUAUGACUGUGACCAGUGUGGGAAGACUUUCACCAGAAUGAGUGCAAGUGACUUAAAAAGGCACCAACGCGUCCACACUGGAGAAAGACCAUAUGACUGUGACCAGUGUGGGAAGACUUUCACCAGAAUGAGUGGGCUGAAGGAACACCAACGCAUCCACACUGGACAAAGACCGUAUGACUGUGACCAGUGUGGGAAGACUUUGACCACAAUGAGUGGGCUGAAGGAACACCUACGCAUCCACACUGGAGAAAGACCGUAUGACUGUGACCAGUGUGGGAAGGCUUUCAUCUCAGCAAGUAAUUUAAAAAAGCAUCAACGCAGCCACACUGGAGAAAGACUGUGUCACUGUGACCAGUGUGGGAAGACUUUCAUCUCAGCAAGUGUCUUAAAAAGGCACCAACGCAUUCACACUGGAGAAAGACCAUAUGGUUGUGACCAAUGUGGGAAGACUUUCACCAGUAAGAGUUGGCUGAAGGAACACCUACACAUCCACUCUGGAGAAAGACCAUAUGACUGUGACCAGUGUGGGCAGACUUUCAGAUUCUUAUCUACUUUACGUACUCACAGCCAUGUUCACCACAAGAACGUGAUGUACCCCUGUGAUAGGUGCACUAAGAUAUUCUGGUCAUCUUCCUCUUACAGGAAUCACCAACGGACCCAUAUUGGAUCCCAAUCAGUGUAGAUUUGGUGACAGAUCUUUUAUCACAGGUUACAAAAAGUAAGACUCUAGACAAUCAGUGUUGUAACACACCAAAACAGUUGGAGUGUUAUCAUUGUCCAAAUAAAUACUUGUCAUCCUUUGCUCUCUGCCAUCAUUAGCGCAGAUGUGAAUCAUCAACGUCUGGACCAAACAGUACCUCAGCAUCAGAUGAGAAGAAGAAACACAGCGUGUGUGAACCAGCAGCACCCACUUCUUCUGACAAGAACAUCAGACUUCAAAUCCUCCACAUCAGACUUCACAGGAUCCAGCUGUGUUUUGUUGUCUUCAGAGUACAGAAGUGUGUUCUAAUGCACAACCUUCACAAAACAGUGACAUUACAGAAGCUCCACCUACCAUCAGGUGAAAAGCUCAACUAGUGGAGGUCAACAAGGACCUGGUUUCUAAUCAGAUACUACUCCUGACUGACUGUGUGGUAGGGCUGCACGAUUCUGGCAAAAAUGUGAAUCACGAUUCAUUUGCUUAGAAUUGAGAUCAUGAUUCUCUGACACGAUUUUUUUCACAAAAUAUGUAUUGCACCGCUGUCAAGGAAAAUGGAUUCUUUUACUUCUGAUUCACGUCU